UCGGGUUUGUUUAGCGGUUCCUUCGGGAGUGGCUGUUAGAAAUCUCGCUGCGUGGACUCGGAGGCCUCGAGUGGACGCCGAACAUUUGUAGGCGCGUGGAAGAAAAAUAAUGAUGAAUGUGAGAUUUUUUCGGACGUGUUUACGUUUUAGCCAGGGGUCGUGUUUGUUUGUUUGGGGCGAAUAUUAGGCGGGCUUCUGCUAUGGAUGAAAUGUCUUCAACUUGAUGCCUAUUUUUUAUUUUUUAUUUUUUUUAUUUUUACUUAAUGUAAACGUAUUUGAAAGACAAAAAAGGAGUCUGUUUCUUUUCUAAAAGUGUUUUUGUUUUUGUUUUUUAAUGUAAUUGACGUGAAGCAAGCGGUGCCGCCAUUGGCUGCGAGGAGGCCCCUUAAGCUCCUCCCCCUUUAUGCGUGCGACCAUUACCGUGCAGACGACGUGAUCUUAUAAGAGCGUGUGAGAGUCCGGUGUCCAUCCCGACAGAUCAUCGGAGAGAAGAAAGCUUUAAAAAAAAAAAAAAAAAGCCCUCCCAUCACUGAGUCUGGAGGGGAAGAAAAAAAAAAUUGACCCAACUGGACUCUUUAAACCAUGCAGUUGGAGAACAUCCUCCCGGGCUCCUUACCCAAAACCUUCUACAACCUUUCCUCCUCGGACAGCGUGAACGGCAGCCCGAGGCCGUCGUCGCAAAUCGAGUACCCGGAGGUGGACCGGACCGAGGCGGCGGAGUCCAACAACAGCGCGCCCAAGAAGUACCAGCUGGGCAGCGGGAUGCUGGCCGACCCGGACGGAGACACCUUCGCUAAAACCGGGCCGGACGGGCGCAAAGGCUCCCCGGUGCUCGGCGAGGACGAGCUGAGCAGCGGGCGGCGGUACAACUUAGACGAACUCGGUUCCGAUCGGUAUUUCAUCUCGUCCGCGCAGGCCAGUUCCGACAUGGCGAGUCCGUGUUCCCUCUUUCCCUACGCGGGGCAAACCGGCUCCGUGUACACCGGCACCACCGGGUCCAGGUACCCGGCUUCGCUUCACUACGGCUCGGUGCUGCCGCCCGCCGGCUUCUCCUCCCCGGCCGUGUGCACCGGCAGGAGUCAGUUCGGCAGCGGCGGCUACCAAUUCGGUCAGGGGCCCGGGUGCUUGUAUCCAUCCUAUCCCGGGACCGGCAUCGGCGCGAUGGCUCUGCCGGGCUCCGGCGCAGGCCCGAGGGCGCAGGUGUAUCUCUGCAACCGGCCUCUUUGGCUCAAGUUCCACCGGCACCAGACCGAGAUGAUCAUCACCAAACAGGGCAGACGGAUGUUCCCAUUCCUGAGCUUCAACAUCACCGGACUGAACCUCACCGCCCAUUACAACGUCUUUGUAGAAGUAGUCCUGGCCGACCCGAACCACUGGCGCUUUCAGGGAGGAAAGUGGGUCACUUGUGGGAAAGCAGACAAUAACAUGCAAGGUAACAAAAUGUAUGUUCACCCCGAGUCCCCAAACACCGGCGCCCACUGGAUGAGACAAGAAAUCUCUUUUGGGAAAUUGAAGCUGACCAACAACAAAGGAGCCAACAAUAACAACACUCAGAUGAUAGUCUUGCAGUCUCUUCAUAAAUACCAACCGCGACUGCACAUUGUGGAGGUGACAGAGGACGGCGUGGAGGAUAUGAGCAACGAGGCCCGAACUCAAACGUUCACCUUCCCUGAGAACCAGUUUAUAGCAGUCACUGCCUACCAGAACACAGAUAUCACACAACUGAAGAUUGACCACAAUCCCUUUGCGAAAGGCUUUCGGGACAAUUAUGACUCAAUGUACACGGCCCCAGAGAGUGACCGCUUGACUCCAUCCCCGACGGACUCUCCCCGGUCGACCCAAAUUGUGCCCGGCGCCCGCUACGCCAUGCAGCCUUUCUUUCAGGACCAGUUUGUCAACAACCUGCCGCAGAACCGCUUCUACAGCAGCGAACGGGCCGUGCCCCAAACCAACAGCCUCCUGUCCCCGCAGAGCGAGGACGUCAGCGCCGCCGCCUCCGCCCAACGCUGGUUCGUCCCCCCGGUCCAGCAGCCGGGCGCCAACAAGCUGGACCUGUCCUAUGAGAAUGACUAUUCCACCAGUAGUCUGUUGUCCUACGGCAUCAAGCCCCUCUCCCUACAGACGUCCCACGCCCUGAGUUACUACCCAGAUUCGGCCUUCGCCUCCAUGGCGGCGGGGUGGGGCACCAGAAGCUCCUACCAACGCAAGAUGACCACAGGCCUGCCCUGGUCCCCUCGCCCGAGUCCCCCAGCCUUCCCAGAGGACCAGCUGGGGGCCACUAAAGACAAGCUGCAGGAAGAAACGGCGCCGUCGGCGUCGACCUGGAUCGAGACGUCCCACUCGCUGAAAUCGGUGGAUUCUAGCGACUCGGGCGUGUACUCCAUGGUGUGCAAGAGGCGCAAGAUGUCCCCCGGGGGCUCCAGCACAGAGAACUCUCCAACAAUCAAGUGUGAAGACUUGACCUCGGAGGAUUACAAUAAGGACAACCCAAAAGGCAUGGGUUAUUAUGCAUUCUACACAAGCCCCUAAGACUGUCAUUUAUUGAAACUAAAUAUAAUGAAGUGCGCUCCAUUCCUUGUUAAUGUCUUUUUUCUCUUUUCUCUAAAGGUGCCAAAGCUUAGUGUUGCGCCCCCAAGCAAGCUGCACAAGGUUAUUUUCCCCAGGCCUCACAUACCUGAGCAGAAACAUGCAUAGUGAUUGUUGGCUUUGAACUAGCAUGUCCAUUUUGAAAUCCUUUUUUUUUUUUUUUUUUUUUUUCCCCCAUUUACAAAGGUGAUUUGUUCACCCCCUCCCCAAUCCUAUACCCCACCCCUUCCGUAUUUAAGUCGUUUUCCGUUGUACAGUAUUUGUGCACUUUAGGAUGUGAUGUAUCUUGUACAAAUUGUCUUCAUGGAGGUGUUAUUAAAUGGAUGAAUAAAGCCGCUUUUCGUAAAGCAUCGUUCAAAUGUA